AUGGAGAACUCUGGAAGAACCGCAAGUGGUGAUGACGUGAUUGCACGGACUGGGGCACUUCUCGAGCUUGAUCUUCUGGACUGUCCCAUUUGCCGCCACCCACUGGCGAGUCCUAUCUAUCAGUGUGUGGAAGGGCAUAUAAUAUGCUCUUCUUGCCGUACUAUGAAUGAAAGAUGCCCUUCUUGCUUCUCGUUCAUUGGUAACACUCGGUCUAGAAUAAUGGAGAGACUUGUGGAAACAGUCUUUUUCCCAUGCCGAAACGCCAAGCAUGGUUGCACAGAGAAACUCUCUCGUGGCAAAGAGUUAGUCGACCAUGAGAAGGAGUGUGAUGGUUUUGUGUGCCAUUGUCCUGUACCAUUUUGCGACUACGCUGGUUUCGAUAAGAAUCUCUACGAUCAUUUCACUGUUUCCCACAAGGCUAAUUACUCAUCAAGUUUCAGGACUGGCCAGUACGUUGACGUUGACGUACCGGUACACAUGAAGGAGACGAUGUUAAUCCUUCAAGAACAUAAUUAUGGUCCAUUGGUUAUUCUUCAGGCUUUUAAGGGGCCAGACGGGUUGUAUGUGACCGCGAACUUACUCGCUGCUCCUUUUGCUCCAAGAGGUUGGAAAUUUGGCUAUGAUCUCAUUUGCUGGAGGGGGGAUGUAGAGUUUACGGAUACAAUUGACGAGAUGAAUAGGAUUCAAAGGGUGAGUUUCAAAACUCCUGGGGUGAAAUCCAUGUUUAUUGCUUACCCUUUCCUGGAUGAAAGCUUGGUAGUCAAGAUGGAAAUUCGCAUUCGCGAAUUAAGAUAUGAAGAUGAGGAGGAAGACGACGACGGAGAAGAAGAUGAGGAGUAA